AAAAUCAGACUUCCCAGAAGCGAGUACUAGUAGCUACGCAUCACUAGCAGCGUUUUUGAAUUUGUAAUUAGAGAAGUAAAUAAAACAUUUAAUAUCAUCAUGAAAGUGUUUGUUGUGUUAUCAGCUUUGUUGACAAUUGCUUCUGCCACUCCACUGUCAAAUCGUCUCAUUCUCCCGUCUGCUUCGAGCCAAUAUCACUCACAGGAUGGAAUUGGUCAAUACGCCUACGGCUACAACGAUCAUUUGUCGGCUAAGCAGGAAAUAAAAUCUUUGAAUGGCGUCACCAGAGGAUCAUACAGUUACAUUGACUCAAACAAUGUUCUUCAAACAGUUGAUUAUGUUGCAGAUGCUGGUGGAUUCCGAGUUUCUGCAACCAAUUUGCCAAAACCUGUUGAAGCUCCAAUUGCAACUGCCCAGAAUAUUCCCCAACAAGUUGCAGAAACUCCAGAAGUUGCUGCAGCCAAAUCUGCUGCCAAAAACUUUGCUGCCAUCGAAGAAGCCAAACUGAGAAAUGGUGUCGGCAUAUUCCCAUUCCCAGCUGGUCAACCACAACAAGUUCAAGACACACCUGAAGUUGCUCUUGCUAAAGCUGCCCACUUUGCUGCUAUAGAAGAAGCCAAAAGACAAGUUGCUGCAGUUCCAGCUCCAAUAAUUGAACUUCCAAAACCAAUUGCUGACACACCCGAAGUUGCCCAAGCUAAGGCAGAACAUCUGAUUGCAGUCGAACAGGCAAAACUGAGGAACUCUUAUCAACCAAUUCAAAGCGGAAUUACAAUUGUCCAAAGUGCUCCAUCUCAAGUUCAAGUUCCAAGACCUUCUCCUGGAUUUUCAUACUCGUCUAGUGUUGUCAAUGGUCCAGUUUUGCACUACGGCUACUCUCCUGUACCACAUGUCAGAUACCAAGUGCACAGUUUGUAAAAAUGUGUGACAGUUUUGAAUUUCUGAACAACCUUCAUUGAAGAAACUUAUACGUUGUCGACAAUUGCUGCCUCUUUUUUCGUUGAUUUUGGAUAUU